UUGUCUCAUAUUUAGUAACCAAAACGUUUGGUCGACAUGAAUUCACCUCACCUGUGGUCUCACCUGUGCUGUGGCGGAAGUGAAGAGGCGCUCCUUCAGCCAGCCAACACGCCGACAGAAAGAUGACAUUGCCCAGCAACACCACACACCCAGGACGACUCUUCAUCUUCCCGUCCGAGCCAGCGAGCAGCUAGACUGUGCCGACUAGCUAUGGCGAGCGCACAAAGAGGAGAGCAUGGCAUUUGCAGGGAUGCUGCGAGAUCAGGACAUCGCCGCUGCCGUGCGCUCGUGUCAAGCUUCGGGCAGCUUCAACUACAAAACCUUCUUUGCACAAGUGGGACUGACCGCCUUAUCCCAGGAAAACUGGAGAAAAGUGUUCACAGUCUUGGACCAGGACAGGAGUGGAUUCAUUGAGGAGGAGGAGCUAAGACUAUUCCUUCAGAAUUUCUCUCCCGGCGCAAGAGAGCUAACUGUGGCUGAAACCAGGACUAUGAUGGCUGCAGGAGAUAGAGAUGGUGAUGGCAAGAUUGGAAUAGAAGAGUUCUGUGAUCUGUUUAAAUAAAGAUACUAAACCUCAACGGCCAUGACGGUCUGUCCCCGUUUUAAGAAACUGGACGGGAUUCCUGACUUUUCCCCCAUUGUUUCGAUGCAAAGACCUCACAUGUUUUCAACUCGCCUGCCUGCCUGCUGCUCCUUGUUGGUUUGACAUCAAUAUAAUUAGAGAUGUCCGAUAAUCAAUCCAAUCCAAUCCACUUUAUUUAUAUAGCACAUUUAAACAACAAAAUGUUUCCAAAGUGCUGCACAACAAUAUUAAACACAAUUAAAA